CGUUGGGAACAUUGUUAGUAAUUGACAGCUGUAUUCUAUUGUGAAUGAAAAAUAAGAACAGUGGCAGCCAUUUUACGUUUAAAUGUAAAUGAAGAUAUUUUGGAAAAGCGACGAUUAAAGAUAAAAAAUGGCUGGCAGAAAAAAGCGUUCAGGGUGGACUUUAGAAAAUGAGUUGGAGCUGCUGGAAAAGUGGGAGGCACGUUCCCAUGACCUCCGGCGUGCAAAGCGAAAUGCUCAUAUAUAUAAUGAGAUUUCGCAUGAAAUGGCACAAAAAUACACCGCCGAUGAAAUUCACUGCAAAGUGAAAAACUUGACAAAGAAAUCCAGAGAGGAGAAAACCAAAAUUGGACCUUCUGGUGGUAAUCCCUCGCCUUGGAAGCAUUAUAAUGCUGUGCAUCGCAUAGUAGGGUACACUGCCGUUAAUUCGGCUUUGUACAUAGAGACAUAUUCCCAGAAUUCAACAUUACCCCAAUUGUUGCCGCCGUCCGACUCAUCAUUAUCACCUCCGUUGCCAUCACCAUCGCCAUCAUGUCCGCUGUCACCUUCGUUGCCAUCACCAUCACCAUCAUGUCCGCUGCCACCUUCGUUGCCGUCACCUUCACCAUCAUGUCCGAUGCCGUCACCAUCACCUUCAUCUGCAACAAGAAAACGUAAUCUUAGCGCCGAAUUGUUAAAGGUUUUAAAUAAUCAAACUGAGAUAUUGGAAAGGGUUGCGGAUGAAACAAAGCACGUUUCAGAGGAAAUAAUUCAGUCUGUUCAACAGCACAGUAAUUUAUCCGAAAGAUUUUUAACCCUUAUGGAGAAAAUUGCAGAGAAACUUUAA